AGUCAGUAACAAGGGGUAGAUAAUUAUGAAGUAAAAAUUUUUACAUAAAAUGUCUUUCGGUGUGCGAUGAAAUUGACCGUACUCGAAUGUUUUUUUCGUUAUGGGUCAAACAGCCUCUAAUGUUGCUAAGAAAGUUGUCACGCCUAUUACAUCUCUGUACUCACAGAACAACAAUGGAUCGACUGAAAUAUGCAAAAGAACUGUGAAACAUCCUGUAAUACCUUAUGUGUUUAAGCGUCGAGGAUCAAUGUACUUUGAUGAAGAUGGAGAUCUUGCGCAUGAAUUUUACGAAGAAGUGUUUCUCGACCGAAUGGGGAAGAAACGCAUGAUGCGUAAACAAGAGCGAAACUUGAUAGCGCAGGGUGAAAUUGAGCUUCCAUUUCCACGACUACAUGUUGACUUCCCUAUAGUAAUUUGUGAAGCCCCAGACUUGUGAUGGUCUGGGAUAUGAUCUUUCACCCCAUUCCAAACAGUGAUUGGAGAUCUUGCUCAAGCAUGUCUGAAAUUGCAGGACAAAUCACAGUGCUUUUGGUGAGAGACAGGCAGAGAAGCGCAAAAACAUAGUGAUAUGAUAUUCUAAAGCAAAUCAGGCCAACACAAAUUACCUCAGAGCACUCCUUGUUAAAGUGAAAAUAAAAACUGUUUUAUCCUUCAUAUAAAGCAAGAUUUUAUGGUCUUGGAGUGCACCCAUUUCAAUAUAAUAUUUACUAAUCUUUGAAUUACAUGUCUGUACAGCUCCAUUCUGGGAGUCAGUAAAGAAUAUACUAUCAGUUAUGUUGAGUGGGUUGUUAUCAGUAAAUGAGAGUAUUCCUUAUAGUCAGGGUGCCCCAACAACCAGUUAUUUCAAAUCGAUGCAAAUAUUUACUUUUAGCGAUUACAUUAAAGGUAAAAAAUGAAAUUACAACUUCAAUCUGAAUCGACAAUGAUCAACCCAAUUGUAAUUAUGUAGGGCUGAAUGGCACAUGAGCCCAUGUUUACAUGAAAAAUGACAAUAUCCAAAAAGCUUUAACAUUUGAGUUGAUGGUCCAGUCUAAGUAUAUCUGGGGUUCACUUGCUUUCGAAUAGAGAUUACUUAUUUAUCUCCAUAAGAUACUGUGUUUAUAGAGUAAAUCUUUUAACAUCAGGUUAUUUUGGAGAUGAUUUGAAAAUAUUUAAUAACAAAAAAGUAAUCAAAUUUAAUAUCAGACAGUGUUUAUAUAAUGUUAUAUGCACUCUCAAAUCAUCAAAGUCUUUUAACAGGCAAAUUUUAAAGAAGACAAAGAUUAAAUACAUUAAAUGUUUUAUAAACUGCGGAAAGUGUUUUAAAAUUUGUGAUGAAUAUACAAAAAAUGGUCAUGUUUUUAUGUAGGAACAUUUUACAUCAAGAUCAAAGACAUUGUUUGCAAAGAUUAGAGUUGUCCAAAUUAGAACUAGCUUCCUGUCUUUCUCAAUCCAUGAUUGUAGGUGUCUUGCACAAGUAUCAUCACUCACAGGCUGUAAUCCAAAUAUAUCUGCUUGAAAGAUGCUCCUUUUGAGAUGCUGGUCUAAAGUGUCAGCUGUUGGAGUUAGCUUUUCCUUAUCCAUUGUCUUGUGGCUGAACAUUUUCAUUCUCAAGAGAUCAACAGUGGUAUCAUCUACAUAAUUUUCAUUGGAAUACAGCCUACAGACAAGCUGCAUCACAACUUCUUUCUACUGUAAUAUUUGAUGAUAUAGUGUGCUAGCUGCAACUGUGAUAUCAGUUACGUGACAAGUUCUGUCAUUCAUCUCUCAGCAGUAUUGUUUCUUAUUAAGCUUAAAAGUUGAUGUGCUGUUUGAUCAAGAGAAAGCGUAAAAGAGAGCCGUUGCUUUGAGUGUUGUUUCUUUUAAACUUGAAUUUGUAUGUUAUAUUACUAAGUGAUGUUUUCUGUUGAAAUUUCCAUGGAAAACCAUUAGUAGAUUUUUCUUGAUUGACAUUUUGAAAAAAAUAUAAUUUUUCUCAAGUACUUCUUUUCUAGAAGUAAUUAUAUUUUUCUUGCCCCCUCAAUUCAAAGGUUCAGAUAGGGGCUUCACCAGACCCAUAAUCACAUGCUUAUUAUCUAGUGUUACCAGGUCUACACUGAUUUCCUCAAGCUAAUUUCUGAUAUUAAUAAUACUAUCUAGUGAGCCUGUCCCAUGGACCUAGAAAUGAUGUCGAGUUGCACUUCUUUCCUCAUGAUGACAAGCUCUUCAUUACCUUUUCUUUCUGCUUCACAAAAGCUAAUCUCAGGACUGGUUAGAAUUCAGUACUUUAAGAUGGUAGGGUUUUUACUAAUAGGAAUCACUCUCCCAGUUCCUUUCACUUCCAUUUAAUGCAUUUCAUAUUUGUCUUCUUUAUAUUCUGGUUGUUUAGAGUUGUUGAUGAUUUGAAGGGAUUGCCUUUAUUAUUCAUAUGUAUUAUGCAAACUUACUUGAUAUUACAUUUUCUUGUUGCUUUUAGUUUAUCUCUUGUAGUUUUUUGUGGGGUUUUUUCUUGUUCCUUGCCAAUUUUGAAUUAUCGCUAAAUAAACCUGAUGUUAAAUAAUUCAUAUUGAUAUUGUAGACACAGUACCUUAUAGGGAUAAACUAAUUAUAAAUAUGAGUGUAGAUCUUCAUUUCAAACCAAAUGACACCAAAUAUAUUCAGAUCAUACUCUCAACACAAAUAUUAGAGCUAUUUGAAUAUUGCCACUUCCAUCAAAAACACAGUCAAGCUUCUCAAAUCUCUUACAUGCUUCCUAUUGGGCUCUCCAUUGUCCCCUUGAGCUGAAGUUGUAAUUUAAAUUCUUACCUUUCAAUGUGAUACCAACAAGUACACUUUUGCCUCAAUUUGGGAAGAAAAUGAAUUUUGCCAAAAUUGGCAUCCCAGUAUUAGAGACUAACUUCAGAUAUUGUCAAAUUUGACAGCAUGUUCAAAAUUAUAUAUAUUUAUUAUAACAAAUACAGUGAACCUUUUUUCUUUAGGUUUAAUCUUAAGAAAAUUGGGAUGAAAAAUUUUGUAAAAAUUGUUUUAGAAUCUAGCUAUAUAUUCUAUUUUCACUUUAGUAUUUAUUCUUUUGAUUUUUUUUUUAUAUAACCUUAACAAUUAAACUUUUUAAUGUUUAUGUGUUCUAAUAUAAUACUAAAACUUUUGUGUUUUUCUUUAACCUUUUUGAUUUUUAAACAGUGAAAAGAUAGCUCUAAAUUAAAAUUUUGUAAGCUAUAUACAUAUAUAUAUAUAUAUAUAUAACUUAACUCAUUGAAAUUAUUUUAAUUUUCACUAUUUACUGCAUUAAAUUUCACUAUUUCUAACAUUGUUUUCAUGUUGAAAGAAUAGAUAUUUCUAAUUUAAUAAAAAAAAAAAAAAGAUUUAGCUUUUUCUUACUUCCUAUUUAGAAAGAUUGCACCAAAUUUCUAUAAAUAGUUCUGCAGAAUCUUGGCCACCAAGCAAAACUUAAACUUCAGCUAAAGAAGCCAAAGAGUUUCUAGUUUUAAUUAAUGAGUCAAUCAAUCAAGUGACAAAUUUCUGUUUAAAGUCAACUCAAAAUAAAUCUUGUGGUUCUCACUAACAUAUGUAGUACAAAAUACAUUAUAUACAACUAAAAGCUGAUGGUGGUUCUCUACAUUUUUUUCUCUGGAAAGAGACUAAGCAAUAUCAAUUUUAUUUCAUAUUUCUAUUGAAUAUGUUUAUUAUUCACAUAUUGUAUUAUAGAAUGUUUGCUUUUUAAAAAAAAAAUUAAAUAAAUAAUCAGAAAUGAA